UUUAAAUAAACUAAUUAAACAAAUAAAAAUCUGAACUUUCUUCUCCUCUCUCUCUCUCGAGCCUCAAGCGACCAAUCCAAUUAGGGUUUUUGCCAAUCUUCAUAUCUAAAUUUCAAUUGCUUCUUCACUCUGUGUGGUUGCUGCUAUCAGCUCCGAAAACCAUGAUUUCAGAUUCGAUCACCAACGCCUCUGCUGCUACAUCUGCUCCUAGCGCCAGAGAUUCCGCAAAGAAGAAGAGGAGCAACAAGUCGGCUAAGCUGAAGCAGAACAAGCUCGGUCUCCGCCGCGAGCAAUGGCUUUCUCAAGUUGCGGUGAGCAAUAAGGUGUGUAAGGAGGAGAAGAGUGUCAAUCGCAGUGAUCAGAGAGAUAAUAAGCCAGUGGAGGAGCAUAGAGAAGAGGACGGUGGGAACAAUGUUCAUCAUCAUGAGAGCUUUAUGGAGUCACCUUCGAAUAGCUCCUCUACGGGAGGCACUGAUUUAAGCACUAACUUCAGUGGGAGUAGUAGCACUACCAGCAGUGACUUUUGCUCUGGUAACAUAACUGAAGAGGAGGAUAAUAAUGCAGAUGAUGACGACGGGUGUGUGGAUGAUUGGGAAGCUCUUGCUGAUGCAUUAGCUGAUGAGGAAGAGAGUCUCCUCCGCGAGUCCGUCAAGGAGGAGCAAGAGAGUGUUGGACAAUCAGCUUCCAAUGCGGAUGAUGAUUCGAUGAGGAAGCAAAAGAAGAGCAGUCGAGCUUGGAGGUCUGACGAUGACCUUCGCCCUCAGGGGUUACCUAAUCUAGGGAAGCAGCUUAGUUUCCCGGAGUUGGACAAGCGUUAUACCACCGCCGUCUCGAUUCCUUCUUCGUGUCCCAUCUGCUACGAAGACUUGGACUUGACGGAUUCGAGUUUCCUUCCGUGUCUUUGCGGGUUCAGGCUCUGUCUUUUCUGCCACAAGACGAUUUGCGAUGGAGACGGGCGUUGUCCAGGGUGCAGGAAACCGUAUGAUGACGUCAAGGGUGAAACUAGUAGUGGUGGUUUCACUGUUCGGUUGGCUCGUUCAUCUAGCAUGUUUUGCAGGUUUUGAAAGAAAAAAUAAAAAAUAAAGAGAGAGGUGUGUGUGGUUUUUCUCAAACCACCCUGUGUUGUUUUCUCUGUUUUCAUUCCCCGCAUCUUUGCUUUAGGUAAUGUGGGUAUAAUGUUGUCUUUUGGCACUUGAGAACUUUGAAUCUUUGUUUUCUUUGUCAUGGAACACUGUGAUGAUGAUGUAUGUGAAUACAUAAAAAAAAAGUUGGUACAGAAAAUUCAAAUAUAUAGUUUCAAUAAUAUGCUUGUUUGGUCUGCAA